AAAAUCGCAUUAGCCCCGUAUUUGGACCCGACUUUCGCUCAUUACUUUAUUCGUAUAUCAUUCAUUGUCUUGGGAUUUGGUGGAAGUUAUCUGAGACCCUUGGAGACCUUAACCAACGUUUUUGUUUUGUGCGAAUUGGUCUAGUUUUUCUCUUGAUCGAGCCAUUUCGGAGACCCACUGUUACGAUCUUGCUGAGUUUACUGUCACUGUCAGUUUUGUAUGUCAAUGAAGAUGGCGAGCCCAGUAAUCCGCGUAAUCAACCCAGAUGCCCCUCCAUAUCGUCAGCAGGCCGUAUUGGUGGCGACAAAAGAGGCCCGUUACUAUCGGGAGAAAAGGAUGCUCUUUCCCAAACCUCCACAGGAGCUGCGGAACCAGGCUACAGCCUUGGCUCAUGCAGAGAAGCUCCUUCGAGCGGAGGGUAUCCACACUCCUUCGCGUCAGCUGUGCCUGGGAAAGCUGGUGAUUCCAUUUGGCCAGUAUGAAAACGCAUCUUUUCACUGGCUUGUGGAAAACGAUGUGGGCUACUUGAAGUAUAUACUUGACAAGCACAGAUCAGAGGAGACCACCCAACAUAGGGAGGGAGAGAGAGUGAACCAGGGAGUGAAAGACUACCUCAAUGAAUAUGCAGAGAGUUUCCCACAAGUCUGCAUUCUCCUGGAGGCCAACAUCGACAGGUGUAUUUACGGUCAGAGAGGGUUUGAGGAAAGCACCUUUCAGGAGAUGUGGACUCUCUACAGCAAGUACCCCACCCAAAAGGACAGGCCAGAGCUAUUCAGUGAGGAGGAGAAGGAGAUAAUAAAGAAAGCAUACAGUUCUGUGAGGAGGUGGCUGCACACACCAGUGACCCACAUCACAAGUGUGCAGAUGAAGCGGUUCAGGAAAUAUAUUGUUGACAAGGAGCAAGUAAGUUGUAUGUAAUGGGAAGAGCAGAAUAGCAUGGUAAAUUAUUUUCAUAUUAGAGAUAUUUUAAUCACUAAAUGUUUUUGUUUGCUUUUGAUAAUUAAA